AUGCUCGGCUCACACCUCAUUCCCACCCGGUGGCGGCGGAACUACGACAUGACCGACCUUCCCAAGCCCGGCAAAUACAACCAGGCCCUCACCCCGUGCUUGCAGCACGUUUCGCUGAAGGCCUGCACGCACCCUAUACGCACGAUUGUCUUCGUCUUCAUCCUCGGCAGUGCCUUCUACGUGAAUCUCCUCGAGACCGGUUUCUUCCAGCCUUCACCAACCGGCGACAGCAAGGUCGACUUCGAUGCGCUCUCUGCAGGCAGUCGGAGGCUACACCUUGGUCCCCAGACUUCAUGGAGGUGGCAAUUGGAGGAGAGUGGAGCGAGCAGGCAGGUCGUGGAUUCAAGAGAGGAGAACAUUGCUCUCGUGACAUUGGACUUCUUGGAGUCUGCAAACAACUCGCCCAACGCAGCUCCAGCGGCCAAGGACGUCCCUCUACCGGGGAAGAGCACGGCACAGCUUUUGCCUUCGAGCGAGAAUAUUCUGUCGCCAAUCUCGUCGGAUACUAUGUUGGCCUUCUCCAUGCCCUACGAGGAGACAUCCAGUUUCUUCGAGGGCGUCAAGGAGAUUCCGGCUUCUGGACUGUCGCAGGAGUACGAUGGGUCAGAUGACGAGUCGGAGCAGAAGAAGUGGCUCAUGAAGACCGCCAAGAAGAGUCUGUCGUCCAACAGCAUGCUGGAGUGGGCGCAGAAUUCAUGGGCCGCUUUCCUGGACCUGAUCAAGAACGCCGAAACUCUGGACAUCGUCAUCAUGUUCUUAGGAUAUCUCUCAAUGUACCUGACAUUCAUCUCGCUCUUCCUCAGCAUGCGCCGCAUGGGAUCGAACGCCUGGCUUGCGACCACGACCAUGUUCUCUUCUGCGUUCGCCUUGCUUUUCGGCCUCAUGAUGACCCUGAAGCUCGGUGUUCCAGAGAACGUCGUUCUCCUCUCCGAAGGCGUGCCAUUCUUGGUGGUGACCGUGGGCUUUGAGAAGCCUAUCAUGCUUACACAGGCAGUGCUCUCUGCCUCAGUGCACCGCAAUGGUAACGGCAACGGCAACGGAAACGGAGAUGCGCCUCUCACUACUCAAAACGCCGUCUCGACCGCCGUGAAGGAGCGUGGAUUCGAAAUCGUUCGUGACUACGCCAUCGAGAUUGCCAUACUUUGCGCCGGGGCUGUGUCGGGCAUCCAGGGUGGUCUGAAGCAGUUCUGCUUCCUGGCUGCAUGGACCCUCUUCUUCGACUGCAUCUUGCUCUUCACAUUCUACACCUCGGUUCUCACCAUCAAGCUCGAGAUCAACCGCAUCAAGCGUCACGUCAAUCUCCGCAGGGCGCUCGAGGACGAUGGUGUAAGUCGUAGGGUGGCUGAGAACGUGGCUUCGAGCAAUGACUGGCCAAAUGGUGACAGCCUGGCGUCCACUGGCGAGAAUAGCAUUUUCGGCAAGCGAGCGCGAGACAGCAGCAUUCCGCGGUUCAAGGUGCUCAUGGUCAGCGGCUUCGUCUUGAUCAACGUCUUGAAUUUAUGUACGAUGCCAUUCCGUGGCCAUCGCAACAAUGCGCCCGUGACGACAGCAGGCCUAUCAAGCGUUGUCACUCAACCUCCAAUGGAUCCUUUCAAGGUUGCAGGCAAUGCACUCGACUCCAUCUUCGGCCAGGCUCAGAAGAGCAAGCAGCCUGUCAGCGUUACGGUCUUCAAUCCCAUCAAGUACGAGCUUCAAUACCCAUCCGUUCACUACGCCAUUUCGGAGGAGCCUUCGGAUUGGACGCUGUUUGACAAUGACUACCAGAGCGGGAGCUGGCCCGCGUUUGGCGGCAAGAUGGUCGAGAGCUUACUGAAGAGCUUCGAGGACCCAACGCUCAGCAAGUGGGUAAUCAGUGCGCUCGCUCUGAGUCUGGCGCUGAACGGAUACCUCUUCAAUGCAGCCAGAUGGACGAUCAAGGAGGACGACGAAGAGACGAGCGAGAAGCCGCAGGAACCCAAGUCGAAUGGCCACGCCGUCGCACCCGAACCACGCGAACCGCCGCCCGUCACACCUGAGCUUGAAGACAUCAUCAAUCGGCCUGGCAAGAGAAGUAGGGAGGAAUGCGAGUCCAUGCUUGCCGCUAAGAGAGCACCUCUCCUGGAGGACUCGGAGGUCCUGGACCUCGCGCUCCGUGGGAAGAUCCCGGGUCAUGCUCUUGAAAAGACGCUUGAGGACAAGACGCGUGCUGUCAAGAUCCGACGAUCGGUGAUCGCGCGAACGGCGGGCACAUCUGCGCUUACCGCCAAGCUCGAGAAGUCCAAACUACCCUACGAACACUUCGACUAUGAUCGUGUACACGGCGCAUGCUGCGAGAAUGUCAUCGGAUAUCUCCCACUCCCACUGGGUGUUGCCGGUCCAUUGACGAUCAAUGGCCGUAGCUACUUCCUCCCGAUGGCGACCACGGAGGGUGUCUUGGUGGCGAGUACCAGCAGAGGCUGCAAGGCCAUCAAUGCCGGGGGCGGUGCUGUCACCGUUCUCACUGGCGACGGGAUGACUCGCGGGCCCUGUAUCGGAUUCGAGACACUCGCUCGUGCAGCUGCUGCGAAGGUGUGGCUGGACAGCACCGAGGGGCAGAAGGUGAUGAAGGAUGCCUUCAAUUCCACGUCUCGCUUUGCCCGAUUACAGCAGCUGAAGACAUCGAUCGCCGGCACGUACGUCUACGUCCGCUUCAAGACCACUACCGGCGACGCCAUGGGGAUGAACAUGAUAUCGAAGGGGGUGGAGAACGCGCUCCGUGUCAUGUCCCAGGAAGCCGGCUUCCGCGACAUGGCCAUCAUCUCGGUAUCGGGCAACUACUGCACUGACAAGAAGCCCGCUGCGAUCAACUGGAUCGAUGGACGUGGCAAGAGCGUCGUCGCGGAGGCCAUCAUUCCGGGGGACGUGGUCCGAUCUGUGCUGAAGAGCAACGUGGAUGCGUUGGUGGAGCUGAACAUGUCGAAGAAUCUGAUUGGGAGUGCGAUGGCUGGAAGUAUAGGAGGGUUCAAUGCACACGCCGCCAACAUCGUCACGGCCAUGUUCUUGGCGACUGGACAAGAUCCGGCGCAGAAUGUGGAGAGCAGCAACUGCAUUACGGUGAUGAAGAAGUGAGUCGAUGAUGAUGAUGAUGAUGAUGAUGAGGUGUGGCGUCGGCGAUUCGGGCUUGCUAACCGGUGUCACAGUCUCCAUGGGAAUCUCCAAAUCUCCGUGUCGAUGCCCAGCAUCGAGGUGGGCACGAUUGGUGGUGGCACGGUGCUCGAGCCCCAAGCAGCCAUGCUCGAUCUUCUCGGUGUGCGGGGGCCCCAUCCCACCACGCCUGGGGCCAACUCGCAGCAGCUGGCGCAGAUCAUCGCGGCAGGUGUUCUCGCGGGAGAACUAUCGCUGUGCUCGGCUCUCGCCGCCGGACACCUCGUGCGUGCACACAUGGCACACAACCGAUCGGCUGCUCCGUCGGUGGUGCCCAGCCGAGCACAGAGUCCCGGGCCCAGCGGUCCAGGGGCAUCGACACCCGUCGGUCUGGCGAUGACGAGUAUCGUGGAGACAGCCGAGAGAAGGACUGGUGGUGGAGGAGGAGGAGGAGGAGGAGGAGGAAUUUGCAGAGGCAAUCAAUGA